GUAUCGCGUGAAUUAGUGAUUUUAGUUUUUUACAGUCUGCACUUCUGAAAUUAUUGACAUCAAUAUAACCUUAAAAAAGUAGCUAUCCAAAAAAGCAAUUAAUGCACGUGUAGGUGGUCUGUGAUGCACGUUAAUGAAGCUUGAAGCAAAGUGUACGUGUAUUUGGAUUUUGGAAUAUUUAUAGAGGUUAUUUGCGGAAGCUAACUGCCCAUAACAACAAAUCGAGCAAGUUUUGGUGGUAGGGGAAGGUUGUGCAAAACCGGGUAGUCUUGUCAAACCGGGUACCAGGGGUUUUAGCCUUCUCUUAUAUAUAUGGUUUUAGCUAUAAUGGUGGUGCUAUCUGUCGGCAUUCACCUGAACUAUCAUCUUUGCAACUACAGAAUGAUGUGGAGAAAAAGAAAUCGUACGUUUCCUUCUUUUUCCCGCCGCCUGCUAGAUCAAAACGAAAUCGCGCUUGCUGAUGUUAUUUUUUUCAGUUGUUCAAAGACUCGCCAUUGGUAUUGUGCAUGUGGAUUUUUUUUAGCAAUUAAUUAAUAUGAAUUAUAGUAUAAUUCAAUUUGAAGAUGGUGUGGAAGUAGUACCAGACAAAUGGUUGGUUGGAGAAAACAUGUGUUACUGGCCACCAAUGAAUUCUGAUAAAUUAACUCUACAUAAAUUGGUUUUGUCCAAAGCAAACGUUGAGAAAAAUUGGGUCCAAUACAAAAUUUUAAAAAUAUUUUGUCAUGCCGAUACUUACCAAAGAGCCGUCCAGAAAUUGAAGCUAGCCUUGGAAAUGUCUGAUAUAGAUACAUCUGAUGAAUCACUCAAAAAAACAAGGCAUUCACGACACCACAAGGUAGCUGAUGAAUUUGAUGAAUCUGAUGUAGAUCACUUCACUCCAAGCUUCAUUCCAAACGAAAGAAAAAAGGAAAAAAAACGACGCCCAUCUCCUUUAGAUUCGGAUGAAGAUGAUGUAGAAGCAUGUCCAGAAAUGUCAUCAAAACUCCCACCAUUCCCUUCUUCUGCAAAUUUUACCCUUGUGGAAAAUAGGAAAAACAAUACAGCUGAUGAUGAAAUAUUGCCAAUACGAAAUUCUGUUCCGCAACAAUGCAUGUCAAUGUCAAGGGCUAGUACUCCUUCUUCGGUUACAAAUACCCGUGUUUCUAUCAGAGGGACGGAUGAAAUAUUAAUGAAAUUAAACACACUUCUUUCCAUAACAAAAAUUAUAGAAAACAGGUUAACUCUAAUUGAGCGGAGUGUUUCUAAUCUACAAGGUGAGGGAAAUGCAAAAGCACCGUCUUCAAGUUGCAUGGAAGCAAAAGAAUUUAACAAAAUGUUUCCGUUAACAAGUGAAGUAGAUUUAUUGAAUUUUGAGGAAUUUUGAAAGACGAUACAUUUUUUAAUAAAAUGAUUGCAACAUUAUGUACAGUUGGGGGUACCGAUGUGCAGAGCAUAACUGUUAACAUAUUAAAAAAAAAUCUUAGUAAUUCCCUUGCAAAUUUAUUCUCAUUACAUGGUAAGAAGAAAAAGAAGAUUUUCAAAAGUUUAAAUACAUGUAAUUUAAUUGUGGAUACUGUACGUAAACAGAAAACUGGAACAACAGAGGUGGAAAUCCUAGCAAUAAUUGGAAGUUGGCUACCUCAAUCCAAUUUGCGUUUAUCACGCGAACAAAGGUAA